CUCCCUCGUCGAGUCCGCCGGCGCAACCUUCCGCCAGCGACGCGACAAGUGCAAGCUGUUGCGGGUUUCCACGGCGGGCCUCGGUCUCCUCUCCGGCUGCACCACUGGCAAUGGGCGCCCGCCAUAUAUUCCGCCCGGGGCGCCUUCGAGAUGCCCCCCCGCGCGCCAGCCGCACCACCGAAUGUUCCCCGUAUUCUCCCGAAUAUACUCCGCGGCGCGCAGCCGUCUAAGCCUACUAAUAUCCGCGCUCCCUGGCGGCCACAAUGGCAGCGGGGGCACUACGGGUCGCCGCCGUCGCCGGGACGACAGGAGCAGGAGGAGCAGCGCCAAUAGCACGCCCCUCAGCACGCCCAUCUCGAUGUACUCCGCGCUCGGCCCCGGGGACGACGCGGCGGCGGCGGAGGGGGCCGCCCUGCAGCAGGGCGGCGUCGUGCCGCCGCCGCAGAUGGUGGUGGUGGCGCUGGACGCGACCCGCGACCACCGCGAGGAGGAGGUCAGAUUGGCGCUCAAGACGCUCGUCGCGCGCGGGGACAUACUGCGCGGCGGCGGCUCCCUGCUCGUGCUCCUCGUUCUCCACGCCGUCACCAAUCCGAGUGAGGGCCGAGCUCCCCCUUUAGUGGGAUACCAAACCAAAGCAUCUAGUGAUUCUUUUGCCGGGACGAGCUUGCGGUACCUAGGUGAACAAGUUAUGAAGAAAUCCGAAUACUAUAGAGACAAGCUCCUCCAUGAUGUGGAGGAGCUCCGCAAAGUCGGGAUUAGCGUGACCCUCAAAGUAUCUCCUGGAUCACCAGCGAAGGUUGUCAUUAUCCAUGAAGUCAAUUCCAGUCAAGCUGCUUGGGUUGUACUAGAUAGGCACUUCAGACGAGAUUUCAAACACUUACAAAAGCACAUAGCCUGCAAGGUUGCAGCAUUUCAGGAUAACCUAUCAGUACAAACCUUGAAGUCAAUUAGAACGAAAGUGUUGAGCAGAAGCAUGGGAGAAGCGAAGGACCUGCGACACUUGGCAGUUUCACUUGAUCUGAGUUCCAAGUCAGUAGAUACUGACAAGUUCCGUGUGUCGAUCAAGUCAUCACCUGUAAGUUACUUUGCCUCUCUAAGCAAUCAUGAGAUCCAAUACACUCCUAGUGUGGUUGGGAGCAGCAUGCAAGACUUCACACCGUCAAUGAGCACCACGUCAAUCACGAUGAUUGACGAGACUGAAUUCUUGCCCAAUGGAAAGUGUACUGAAGAUAACAUUAUCUGCCACUAUGAUACAUCCGAAAGACCAGUUCUAUGUGCUGGUUGCGGGCUAAGAUCAGUUCUUUACAUCAAGGAAUCCAUGAAAUACCCCUUUUCAGAAAUUCAAUCCGCAACAUCUGAUUUCUCAAGUGAGAAUUUAUUGGGUGAGGGUGGAUUUGGGCAUGUGUACAAAGGGCAGCUAAAGGAUGGCCAGGUAAUUGCAGCUAAGUUGCAUAAAGAAGCUAGCUCACAGGGCUAUACUGAGUUCUUCUCUGAAGUGCAAGUGCUUAGCUUUGCCCGGCACCGUAACAUCGUCAUGCUGCUUGGGUAUUGUUGCAAAGAAAGCUACAACAUCUUGGUGUAUGAGUAUAUAUGUAACAAUUCUCUUGAGUGGCAUUUAUUUGACAAGUCGGCAGGCUUGCUGGAGUGGCACAAGAGGCAUGCUAUUGCCCUUGGUAUAGCAAAAGGACUGCGCUUUCUGCAUGAGGAGUGCCGCGCUGGCCCAAUAAUUCAUCGGGACUUGCGCCCGAGCAAUGUACUGUUGACACAUGACUUUGUUCCUAUGCUUGGGGACUUUGGUCUUGCGAAAUGGAAGGCUGGCAAUGCUUCUAUUCAUACAAGGAUUUUGGGGCAAUCAGGAUACUUGGCACCUGAGUAUGCUGAAUAUGGCAUCGUUUCUGUCAGGACAGAUGUGUAUGCCUUUGGCAUUGUUCUUUUCCAGCUGAUAUCUGGUCGCAAGGUGCUUGAGGAAUGUGAAGGACAGUGCACACAUAUAUUGCAAUGGGCAGAGCCUUUGGUUGAGAAUCUUGCACUGCACGACCUAAUUGAUGAGCGUAUUGCGGAUACAUAUGAUACAUAUGGGUUGUAUCAUCUAGCCAGAGCAGCAUAUCUAUGUGUUAGGACAAAUCCAGAACAGCGGCCUUCUAUGGGAGAGGUUGUUCGCCUUAUUGAGACGGAGAAUGAGCAUAUCAGGGAUUUGUCCCGACAAUUCAUUCCUCAUUUUACAAAGUGAAGAAUCAGUCCGAGGGAAAUCCUAUAUAUCCAGAUUUUGCCACUGAAGCUUCUAUGCUGGUACUAGCGCAGAGGAAGAAUAUUCUGUCGUUCUAACCGGUGAAAUUGCAACACUUUGUGCUAUCUUUUUUCCUUCGAUCUCCUUUCUUCCACUUACUUUUUUUUGUUCUUUCACGCAUAUCACAGUGUGUAUUUGGGAAUUGCUAGUUCCCAAUAUAUGGCUUCGUAUCUAUCUUUGUAAAUGAAAUGUCGUCUUCUCAGGCCAUUUUUUCCA